ACCAUUUGAGUUGUUUUUAAUUGUAAAUGCAUUUUUCCUAUCAAUACUUUAAAAGGUUUUGUUGGUGUUGUUUUAAAUAUUCCUUUACAUAAUUGUAACGCUAAAUGUUGAAUAUUGUCUAAUUCUUUCCAAUGUGUCGUUUGUCUGUAUUGUUAACAUAAACAGGUGGGGGCGCUUUUCUGUCUGGCAACGUAAAAUAGCGCCCAGAAGUUUCUUGGGGUCCUAACCCAAAAUACCGGGCUGAAAAAAAAAUACCGGGCUGAAUGAUCGCAGGCUGUAGAAAUGACAAGAUUGUUACGCGGACUUCUUAAAAAUAUUAGGCGUCCUGAUACAAAGAAAAACAAAAGACGAAUAGUGAAAUGGAUGCAGAGAUGUGGUAUUCUGAAGAGGAUGAUGAAUUGUGCAAAAUGCCAUCGGAGAAGGAAACUUUUAAAAUGCGAUCGCAACGAUGGGCUGCGUUGGGUAUGUAAGCAUCACAAAAGCAACCCAUUGUCAGUGCGUAAUGGGUCCAUAUUCACAAAGUCUCACACCCCUUUGGCAAAAUGGCUUGAGUUCAUGUUAAGGUUUUCACAAGGUUUACAACUGAAACAACUAACCAUGAUCUCAGAGGGAAUAGCAGCAAGUUCCAAGACACUCACAAGAAUGACAACAAUUCUAAGAAAGGUGUGCAUGGCUGCCGUUGUGCGCCUGAGGAAAAGAGGAAUGAAAGUUGGUGGUCGUCAUCGCUUCGUUAUUAUUGAUGAGAGCAAAUUUGCUCACAAACGAAAGUACCAUCGUGGCAGAUGUGGCAAAACAUCGCAUCGCAAACGCCAGUGGGUCUUCGGGAUGCUGGAGGUUGAUGAAAAUUCUAGAAAACCCAUUCUGAAACUGGUCAAGGACCGCUCAAGGCAAACCCUUACAUGCCAAAUACGACGACAUAUCAGACCUAGGACAUCUAUCCUCACAGAUGAAUGGCGUGCCUACAGGGGGCAGCUUUCCCAGUAUGGAUAUCACCAGUACUCUGUCUGCCAUAAAAAAAACUUUGUUGACCCAGUCACUGGUGCUCAUACUCAACACAUUGAGCGCGCAUGGCAGAAUUACAAGUUGGAAAUAUGGCGUCAUAGAGGCAAUCGAACUCCUGAGACACUACAGAGUCACCUCAAAAUGAUAGAGUGGCACCACUGGUUAGGUGUCUGUCAUUAUAAUGGUGUCUUGGGCAGACUUUUCCAUGAUGUUAAACAAUAUCUCAACUAAAUAUAGACUAUGACUUUUGAAACAACUUUGUUAAAGAAGUAAUUGUUUUUUCAGUUGUUUUAAUUAGUAUUUCAGAAAUAAAAUCUGCAGAACAAGAAGUUGAUCCCUCUGUUUGAGGAAGAACAACUUUUUCUUUUUUCUACUGAAGUUUGUGCUGAAACACUGCUAGAAAUUGAACUCUCUGUUGGAGGAAGAAAAAAUAAUAAUAUUGUUUAAAGCAAAUAAAAGAAAGUGUUUGUGUUUACUUGUGGAUUGGUUUUGUUAAAGUAUUUAAAAGCAUUUAUCAGUGUAAUAAAUAGUUUUAAAGGUCUAGGAAGA